AUGACAACAACUGCACCACUCGACGAAGCACCAGUCUGCUUUCUGCCCAACUUGUCACAGCAUGAAGAGGAAGAUGCGAUGGAGGACUGGUAUCCGCCUGGUGACGAAGGGGAACGCAAGAAGCAAGUUGCCAACCUUCGCAAGAAAACUAUAACACUAAAAGAUCUUAUCAAUGCCUCCCGCUCCUCCCGCGAAAAUGCCAGUUCACAAUCCUUACCUCCUACCCUUGCUACAAAGAUUAAAGUACGACCACCACCACCACGGCGGCCACCGGGCCAACAGACCCACCACCACAUGGUCAUAGAAGAUCCAGUCAUGAGACUGGAGAGGGCACGAAUGGGAUACAGUGGUGUUCGGGGUGUGGUCGAUGCCGGCGGAUUUCAUGAGUCCAGGGUAGAAAAGCGCGACCCGGUGUCAGGAGUGUUGGAUGACUUGAUGGAAACCAGUGUGAAAGCCGAAGGACACAAUGCUGACGCCGGGAGCGGCAAGACAUUUAGAGCGAGACUGGUUGACUUUCUUGUGUGGGUGGACAACCUCGUGCACAUGCAUGAAAUGCGGAUUGCUUCCUGA